AUGGUGAGAGAAUUCAAACAGCCGGUAAACGUGUCGCCGUUGAUUCGUCUGGGUCGGUACACCGCGCUGAUCGCUGGAAUCGCGUACGGCGUCUGUAGAAACAGUUAUUUGCAGCGUAAGGAAGAUGAAAAAAAAGUGAUUCGUCAGAAGCGUCAUGACGGCAUCUGCCGUCCGUCGGAAAAACAAUGCGCGAAGCAUACUGGCGAAAUCAAGAUGAUCUACCCGGCGCCGCAGUACGAUGAGAUAUCCCAGUCGGAAAUAAUCGCCGGUCUUAACGUACGUAUAAUACUCUACAGGAUUACACGCCGUUUGAGAACUUAGGUGUUCUCAAAAAAUUUGGAAAAAAAAAUUGUAUUUUUAUUCCUAACACUAAUGUAUAAUCUAUUCGUAGGCCGAUUUCUCGUCAAUAAGUGAAAUGUAGAACAACGUUUGUUGAAAUGGCUGAUUUGAAUUUCCCCGGAGGUGACCGGUGAUUUCUCUUCAAUAUUCUGAGAUAAUGUACCGAUAGUCAUUCUCUGACGGGCUCGUUUGGAUCUCCUCGGCCGAAUGUUUGGCUGUGGCCGGCCUACGUUCUUCCGGCCGGUGCUCAACAAGCGAUCUUCACUGCGUAGGCCGGAGAGGAUCUGACCCGAGAUGCGGACGGCGUUUUCCCAGGCCACGGGGUGGGUUGUAUUCCGGUCGUUCUCGCUUUUUUCGUAGGUCGGAGUACAGCCUCGUCACCCCGGCCGUGAUGACGACGGUGGCGUUUCCUUCACGGGCUACGGGACGGUCCGUAUUCCGAAGAGUCUUUGCCGCCGGGAAGGUCGUCCUCCAAGGUCGAUCGCUGCCGGUAUUCCUCAGACUACUGUAUGGUAA